AUGUGUAAUAAAGUAGCGUAUGAAGCUAUUAAUAUUCAUGAAAUACCGAUGAAAGUAAUUGCUGAUUACAUGUUGACUGUUCAGCAGCACAUCACUAAUAUUAAUGUGAAAUUAAAUAGUGAACAACGAAACGAGAAAUGUAUUAAAGAAAUGAUAUUUAAACAUGAUAAUUUUGAAAAAAUUUUACCAGAAAAUAUAAAAGGAUUAAAAUUUAUUCAAGAAAAUAUAACUAGCCAAUGUGUUUCUUCUUUAAGUGGCACAAUACGGAAACAAUAUACUUUUCACAUACUCGAUUUUGAAAAAAAAAAUAAUACGAAAAUAGUUGAGUUUAAUGCAAUGUUAGAUAAUCUUACUCAAUAUUAUGGACUUAAUCGAGUAAUUCAAAUCUGUCAGUUAGUAGAAGAUUUUGUAUUUUCAAUAGCUCAAUUUAAUGGAUUUAGAAGCUGGUACAGUAAUGAAAAAUCUAAUGUUGAAUUAGCUCGUAUAUUAAUUCGUAUAGCAAAUCUAUAUUAUAAUUGCUCUGCUAUUGUUGCUACUCAAUUAUAUCCUGAUGAAACUUAUGUUCAUGUUGGAAAUGCAAAUGGAUCAUGGAAAAAAGAUCCAAACAUGAAUGUCUACGUUAAAGAAAAUUAUUCUUUCAUACCAUUGAAGGGUCGUUUAUUCAAAAAUGGUCAUCCUAUGACAGGUUUACCCAAUCAAAUUAUUAGUCAUCCACAUUAUAAUGAACAUUUUGGAACACAAAAUUUUCCUGUAGAAGUUAUUGAUAAAAAUGUUUUCGGACACCGAUUGCAUUGUUAUCAAAUAAAAAGUACAGGAUCUGUAGACAUUCGACUUAGUUCUCUGGGGAAUGAUAAAAUUUGGAUUGAAGAUAAAAACCAGACGACAUUUUCUCGAAUCGAAGAUGAAAAUUAUAUUUUAGCAUUAAAAACCAGAGAGCAAGACAGUGAACCAGUCAUGAUUUAUCUACCAAGACUAAAUUUAAAAUUUAAAAUUGAAGAUGCAAAAAUAAUAUCAGAAGAUUUUAAAGAUUAUCGUCUAAGUGAAGAUCAACAUAUUAAUACAUUGUUUGGAUUAUCACAGUAUUUAGUAAUUGAACGAGAUAUUCAAACUUUGGAUAUCGAAGACACUAGUGAUUUUAACAAAGAAAGUUUUUCUGAUUUUUUAGCAUAUUUAUUUUUGGAAGCAUCUGAGGAUAAUAAAGUUUUAUCGUCAAAUAAAUCUGAGGAUGAUGAAUUUAUAUCUUUAAAUAAAUCUGAGGAUGAUGAAUUUAUAUCUUUAAAUAAAUCUGAGGAUGAUGAAGUUUUUAUAAGAAUGCUUUACAUAGUUUCUAUCUUUCCAAAAGACUUUAAAUCUUUACCGGAAUUUUUAUUAUUUGAAUUAGAUAAAAAGAAGACUAGACAAAGCUAUGGCUUUCAUAGUGAUUUGAUGAAAUUUAUUGAAAGUGAUAUUUCAAAUAUUCAUAAUCUUGAUGAUACUACUAUUCAGAAAAUUAAAAGUUCCAUCUGGCCUGUCUUGAACAGCGACUACCUUAAUGCAGAACAACAAUCGAAAUUUAGUGUAACAGAUUUAGGACAUCCAGAAUUUCAACAAGAGUUUCAAGAUAUUGAAAAUCAGAUUAAUAAAGGCUACUCCUAUACUAAGGUCAAUGAAAAUAGUUUACAUUUAGAAUGGAAAGUGAAAAGUAUUGAUAUACAAGAACAUUACACAAAUCUGAAAAAAAUUAUUGAUAUUAAAUCUUAUUAUCCCGAGAGGAUACAUUUUCCUCUCGAUCCUAAAACACUUCCUGAGGAUUCUGAUGUUAGGAAAACAUUUUCCGGUCCAUAUGGGAAAACAUUUAUUCAUGAUUUAGAAGAAAGUUAUGGACAACAAUCCUCUAUUGUAAAAAUUAACGAAAAUUACUUUUACUUGACAAUAAAAGAACCAAAAAAAGGUAUUGAUCUUUUACAAGAUUUAGAAUAUGAUUAUAAAAAGGAAUUUUCUUACUUAGAAAAUAGCUUGAAAGAAAUUCAAAAUGAUUUGUUCGUAGAUGUAGAACAAUGGAUUUUAGAUGAAAAAUCACAGGAAUAUAUCCUUGAUAGUGAACGAGAAAACUUCAAAAGUUUGAAACUCAAAUUAAAAGAGGAAUGUGAGAAAAUUAAUGAUGAACUCAUCAAACGAAAUAUUCUGACAGAGUCACUUGAAUUAGAAUCGCUUAAACAACUCUUAGAAAGAUGUAAAAAUAAUACAAAUCUCAAACGUGAAGCUAAAAAAUGGUGUAGAAAUUUAGAAGAUAUUGAGGAAGAAAAAGAAAAUUUUCUGCUCGAAAAUAAUAAUUUGUUUAAAUUGUAUUUAAAUUAUUGCUGUGAACAAAAUAUUGUAAGUCCAACUGUUUUAAAGUUAAUAUGUAAAAGAAAUGAUAUUGGUAUUUCAUUUUAUCAAAAACUAGAUACAUCAGCGUUUGAACUAAGACUAAUGGAAAAUAAUGAUGGUGAUGAUGACACUAUCACAUGGAAAAAACAAUAUCAGUUUUGGUUAAAUGAAAAUAUGUUUUGCCAGAUAGAAACAAAAGAAAUAGAAGAUAUAAAAAUCAUACAGGCAUUACAGAAUCAACUAGCUGUUGUUGGAUAUUUACAAACAUCAAGAAAUGACAUUCAUUUAAAAACCGGAUAUAAUAUAGAUAAAAUCGCCGAAAUUUUACUUAAGUAUUAUUCUGAAUAUGAAAAAAUCAAUACAGAACUAUCAGAAGAAAUACGUCGAAAUAUUAGUUUAAUUGAAAGUAAUUCUGACAGUGCGGAUACAUUUAUUUUGCAUCAAAUCAUGGGAGAAAAACAUUUUCCGACAAAGAAAGAAAUUUUAUGUCUAUUAAAAGAUAUCGAUAAAAUUGAAGAAUGGAAUCCUUUUAUCGUCAAUCAUAAAGACAUAUUUUAUGAAAAAAUCGAAUGUUAUUUAGUUCAAGAAACAUUAAUUCAACAAAUUAAAAGAACGACUUUAUUAAUUUCAAAAUAUAGAUCAUUAGAUCCUACCAAAGAUAUAGAAGAAAGAGAUAGAAUUUUAGACAAUAUUUUAGCGAAUAUUUCAAUGGAAAGAAGUUAUGAUAAAAGAAUAUAUCCAUCAUGGUUAUUAUUUGAGACAGAAAAUAAUCUUUUAAUACGUAGUACUCAGUAUUCUCUUAUAAAAACAAUGCUGGAUGAAGAAAGCAAUUGUAUUUAUCAGUUAAAUAUGGGUGAAGGUAAAACAUCGGUUAUACUAAUUAUAUUAAGUGAAGUGUUAGCUGAUGGUAAGCAGAUAGUUAGAAUUAAUUGCUUAGAGUCAUUAAUGGGUGUUAUGAAAGAAUUAUUGAGAAAUAAGUUUAGUAUAUUAUUACAAAAGAAAAUAUAUACUAUGCCAUUUUCAAGAAGAGUUAUGUUUUCAAUAGAAAAUCUUAACAAAAUAAAAGAAAUGCUUAUAGAAUGCCAGUUCGGUAAACAUAUUCUAUUGGUAACACCUGAACAACGUCUGUGUUUUCAAUUGAAAAAACAAGAAACAUUUUUAGAAUAUUUACAAUCAAAAGAUGCAAAUGAUUUUUUCGAUUGGAGAGAACAUUAUCGUCAAAUAUCUUAUAGCCGAAUGAAUCCUAGUACAUUCAAUGAGUUAACUGAGUCUCAAAAAAAUUUAAAACAAACACUAGAACUCCUGGGUUACAUUGAUGAUGAGGAUAAAAUACUAAAACUUCCUUCUGAACAAUAUCAUAAAUUUUCUGAUGAGAUACAAGAAGAAGUUAUCUUUAAGGGUUUGGACGGCAUUUAUCCUGCUUUCCUCAUUUUAAGAGAUCAAUCGACACAACUGAAAAAACAACGUGAAGAAAAACUUAAAUUACUUUAUUCAAUUGAUGAAUUUAAAUUCUUUGAUAUACUUGAUGAAUCUGAUGAAAUCUUGCGCCAUGGAAAAGAAUUGAAUUAUACAUUAGGGUCAGCUAAACCUUUAGAUGGUGGUUCAAUGCGUUGGGAAAUUCCAUUUUUAAUAUUCAAAUUUAUUUUUUGUGAUCAAAAAUUCCGCGAGAUUCUAAAAAGCAGUUCACAAAGCGAUGAUUGUCCUGUUGUUUUUCAAGAAAAUUUUAGACCAGUAACUGGAAUCGGAGGAGGAUGUCCCCUUGUGCGUUUUAUCAAACAUGAAUAUUUUAUAAAAAAUAUCAAACGAAAUCUUAGUCGAGAAUUUAGUAAAAUAUUACUCGAAAGGUUUCGUGAAAAAGAAACUGAUAUAAUUGAUGAUAAUGGUGAGGAAUACGGAAGUUAUGAAGAUUUUAUUAAAGGUGAAAGUUUUUUCAAGGAAAAUAAAAUCAUAGAAUUAUUGAAAACAAAAAAUCAAGAUAUGCUAAAUAGUUUUUUAUUAGUGAAAGCUUGGUUAUCUCAUGAAUUACUCUAUCAUGUUAUGAGCUAUCGUUAUCGCGUUGAAUAUGGAUUAUCUGAAAAGAAGGGAAAAGAAAUUGCUAUUCCAUUUAGAGGAAAAGACUUACCAUCCGAAAACUCGGAGUUUAGUCAUCCUGAUAUUAUGAUUGGGUUUACAAUCCUUAGUUAUUUAUAUAGAGGAUUAGAUUUAAUACAAGUGAAACAUGGGUUAAUGAGGUUAAAAAGUGAUCGAAAACAAGAUAAAGACAGUUUAUUACAAAAAUGGGUUCAAGAAAAUCGAAAUUGGAUAAACGAACAAAAUCAAAGAGAAAACGAAGAAUUUCCUGAAUGGUUGACAUCUUUCAGAACUUUGGAUCUUGAGAAUGAAGAUAAAAUUAAAAAAGUCUAUUUUUAUCUUUCCCGAAACUUUAGUUUUAUUGAAUAUUAUCUAAGUAAUUUCACAUUUCCAAAUGACACGAAAUGCUACAAAGAGAAACUUACAGGAAAUGCCCACACAUUAGCAGGCGAGGGGAAAACCAAAGGGUUUUCUGGUACUGACGAUCGUAAUGAUACAAUGCCUGAAUCUGUAGUUCCAAAACGGUUACCAUCUCAACAAGGAACGAAUGAAAUGAGUAAUGUUGACGUAUCAAAGUAUCUCAUGGAAAAAAUUGACCAAAGAUUUGAUGGUGUUGUUUAUUUUUCUGACAAAAGUAAUCAAAUAAUGAUUAUUUUAAGAAAUGAAGAAUAUUUGCCAUUAUCAGCGUGCCAUAUUGAUAAUAAGAAAUUAUUUGUUUAUUUGGAUGAAGUUCAUGCCCGUGGAACUGAUUUGAAACUACCAUUAACUGCACGUGGAAUUGUAACACUUGGAAAGAAUAUGAAUAAAGAUAAACUUAUGCAAGCUGUUAUGCGUCUUCGUGAUCUGGAUUAUAAGCAAUCAGUUGUAUUAUGGGGUUCCAAAGAAAUUUCAGCAGAAAUUGCAAUGAUAAAUGGAAUUAAACUAGAUGAAAUAUCAAGUAAACACGUUAUUACAUGGGUUACUUACAAUACAAUACAAAAAAAUGAGAAUGAUUUAUAUCUUGUUAUGAAAGAAAAAUUGAAAUAUGUGAUCAAAAGUAGAGCAUUUGAGUAUCAAAAGAAAAUUAAUCAGAUUUCUAUGGGUUCUCUUAGUACAGCAUAUAUCAACGAAAGCUCCAAUAGUAUAGAAAAAUUAUAUGGUACUACUCCUCAGAAACGAAAUCCGAUAGAUACUUUAAAUCGAAAUAUGGGUGCAUACUUAAGUACAUUUUAUCCACUUUUAAAAAGUGAAUUGGAAAACAAAGGACAAUCUAAAGAGUUGAUCAAGGAAAUAACGACAAAUGAGGACGAAAUUGAUAGACCAAAGAUGGACGAUAUGAUAAGGAGAAUAAAAACAAAACUUCCUAACAGUGUAUUAACUAUUAAUGCUGAUUAUGAUUGUGAUCAAGAAAAUGAAAGAGAGAUUGAAGAAAUGCAACAUGUUGAAGUUAGUUUUUCAACAAAAAAAUCAUCAUCACCCGAAGCAACUUGGGAUUUUAAUAAGGUCUUUAAACGUAAUUUUCAAGAGAAAGCAUUAAAAGGAAAGACUGGUUAUCCGAAACUACAAGGAUUGGGAAAAUGUUUUGAGUUUACCGAUAUUGAUGACCUGAAAAAUUUGAAAUGGCAUAGUAAAAUUUUUUUGACAGAAAAUUUCAUCAAAACAAGUGAAGAAAUGGGUGGGAAAAAUAAACAACAUCAAAAAGAUUUUUUGAAACCGGCUGAAAACCUUAUUAACUUAUGUCAAAACAAGAAAGAUCCUAAAGUAAGUGUCAUGCAUAUUGAUGAUGUGAAUGGUUCUACUAUAGUUCCAAUAAAUGGUGCAGUAUUGACAACAGAAGAAAUUCAUAAUAUUAUACCUAUUAUUAGAUUAUUUAAUGGUGAUUGUCAUUAUAAUACAGAAGAAAUCAGUGUAAUUAAAAAAUGUGUUGCUUUUGUAAAUAGAGAUUGUUUCCAUGAUAAUAAAGUAAAAUCCGAACAAAUUUCCGAUGAGCUUGAAUUUAGACACUACCUUACGAAAGGCUUCAUGACUUAUAAGCUAGCGAAUAAAUUAGAUGAUCAAAAUGAAAACGUCUUACCUGAAAAAAUCUUACCAGAAAAAGAAGAUGAGCUGGGGAUUAACCUUCAAAGUCUGUUUCAAUCGAUUAUUAGGGAAAGUCUCGCAGAAGAUGCCAAGACUGUUUGGAAAUUACCUAAAUUAAUUAAACAGUUAGUCAAGAUUAGAGGUAAAAGUGAACAAUAUGAAAGAAGUAAAUUAAAACAAAUACUCGACGGAAAUCUAGAGUAAAUUGAAUUUCUACAUGUAUUUUUCUCAUAGCUUGCAAUAAAGAUUUUAAAUAAAUUGCUCGAAUAGUUUGAUGGAAUCUACGAUUAUUUUACUUUUAAAGUAUGUAUUUUCUUCAUCAUACAAAAACAAUUCAUUCUAAAGUAUUUAAUUGAUCGACAGAAGUUUUUAUCACUUUAGUUCUAUAUUAUUUCCAUCAUGACAUUUGUUUCAGCCCUAUAAUGUGAUUAAUCAGCUUUUGAUAGUAAGAAAAUCUCUUUACACUUUCCAGUAUGACUCUUAAUUGUUGCUAAAUAAAUGUUCAUUUUCAUUUUACUAACAUUACACAUGUUCGUCACUCUUUUUUUCCAAGUAACUGUUUCUAUUAUUUGCCCUUUUUCUGUAAUCCAUAACAUGUAUUAGCUUUUUUUCUAAAUGUAUUUUACUCUAAGUGACUUUUUCAUUCCUUUCUGUUGUGUAAUUAUGUGUGUACUAGUUAUAAAAUUUAAUUUUGUUGCUGAUGAUUGUUUAUUUUGAUAAAUAUAUGGCUUCCAUGUUUUAAAUUAUUUAUACCGCGACUAAAUUAAUGGAUUCUUUUGCAAAACUUGUUAUAAGGGUGUGUGUGUGGGUGUGGGUAAUUUUUGGAAAAGAAAUCAUACCCUCACACCCACACCCACACCCACACCCACACCCCACACCCACACCCACACCCACACCC